AUGGGCUCCCUAGGGCAACCAGGCCUUGCACAGGCACUCUACACUCAGGUUGAGCUGUCCAAGGAAGUUGUUGCUGUCCAAAGUGGCAAGCAUUCUUUGACCUUCCGGGAGCUGCACAAGACUGCCCUGAGCCUCGCCGGUCAGAUUUUGAAAAAAAGACUGCCAAAGGAAUCGCCCAUUGCGAUUCUAGCGCCAAGGGGAAUUAAUCAUGUCCUAGCGCAGGUUGCAAUCAUCUACGCCGGGGGAAGCUGUACUCCUUUGGAUGUGAAGCAGCCUGAUAGCUAUCUGGACACCCUUCUGAGCAACCUGGACUGCACCCUCGUGGUUACAGACAGGGAAAAUCAAGGCCGACUAUUGGGAUACGACCAUUUGCUCGUCGAUCACGAGGUCAAGAACGACCGACGGAAGGAUGAUGCGACUCCCGGAGUAGUCGCCUUCAACGAACCCUCCGCGUGUUCGCACAUAUUUCAUACUUCAGGCACGACCGGUAAGCCUAAAGCAGUACAGGUGCUGGCCCAGGGAAUUAUGAAUCUGGCCUACAAUGCAACGUACAGAGUGGAACGUGGGCGUCGAUUCGCCCACGUCGGGAAUGUUUCCUUCGACGCCGCGUUAUUUGAGAUCUGGGUUUCUCUGCUUAGUGGCGCAUCUCUCAUAAUCAUUCCCCAAGAUGUGGUCCUUGAUCCGCCAGCCUUUUCCGAGCGCCUUCGGUCCGACAAGAUUGAGGUCAUGCUGCUGACACCCGCAUUGUUGACCUCCACCGUGCACGCUGUGCCGAACGCCUUCGCCACGCUCGAUACACUCUAUACCGGCGGGGAGGCAAUCAAUGUUCAGACAGUCAAGACCAUCUUUGAGCAUGGUCCUCCACACCAACUUAUCAAUCUGUACGGGCCGACGGAAUGCACGGUGUAUGCCUUAUGCCAUCGGGUACAACCUGAGGAUGUCGAGACUCAGCAGAUUGCCCUCGGACAUGUCCUUGACAACAUGGUUGCCUAUGUUGUAGAUGAAAAUCUUGACCCAGUAGCGCCAGGGGAGAUAGGCGAAUUGCUGCUUCAGGGGGCUGGAGUCUCGCGAGGGUACUUGGGCGAGCCCGAAAAGACCGCCAAAGCAUUUGUGCGGGCCCCCAAAAUUAAUCCGCACGAGCAUAUCUAUCGGACUGGUGAUUUGGUCCGUAUCGAGCAGAAUGGCCUCUACUAUUUCAUUGGCCGAAAGGAUAAUCAGGUAAAGAUUCGCGGCCAGCGCAUUGAACUAGAGGCUGUCGAGCUUCUCCUGCGCGAGACGAACCUUGUCAGGGACGUCGUCGUGUUGAAAGUACAGCCCGAAGAAUCAACACUUGACGCCAUUCUACUGGCCUAUGUGAUUCCGAUCUCCGCCUCGACUACUUCACACGCUAUCAUCCGCGAGUUCAUCCGGCGCACGCCUCACAUGGUGCCACGCAUUGAGUUCAUCCAAAGCUUUCCGCUGAAAUCAACCGGCAAAGUCGAUCGCAAAUUACUGGAGAAAUGCUAUCUAGAGAAGAUGAAGCAGGCCCGAGCUUCGACCAAGCCAGUCAAGGCCCUCUUGGGCUCGCAAAGCUACCCGGCUAUUCUGGACCAUUUGCAAAAGCUGUGGCUGGAUAUUCUGUGCCUUCCAGUGGCUGGGCUAACCGAACGUGAAGACUUUUUCCACCUGGGGGGCACCUCGCUGCAGGCGGCCACUUUGGUCGCUCGUGUGCGCCAGUCGUUUGCAGUAGAGCUGCAGUCGGCAGCUCUCUAUGAGCAUUCCACUCUCGAGGCACUGGCACGAUUGGUCCAGGCGCUGCAAGCCGGUACCAACUCUGAAACCGAGGCGUACAAGCAGCUCGAAGCUCAGUGGAACGAAGAUAUUGAGCUGGGUAAGGAGCUCAAGCCGUUGGGGGGGGUUCUUCCCGACUGGAAAGCCCCUGACGAGGGACGAGUGCUUCUCACGGGAGCUACAGGCUUUGUAGGCGCCUUUUUGCUGUCGGAACUGCUCAACAUGCCGUGCGUACAAUGUGUUGCCUGCCUGGUCCGCGCCGAAAACACGACCGUUGGAUGGGCCCGUCUGCGGAAGAAUCUAGAUAAGUAUCAAAUUGUGCUCACGCCAGACAUGGAGGCGCGAGUUCUCAUUAUUCCCGGCGAUUUUGGCCAGCCUAAUCUCGGUCUCAGCCCACAUCUUUACGAGUUACUGGCAGGUUGGGCCAGCGUCGUCUUCCACCUGGGAGCGCAUGUUAACUACGUACAACCCUAUUCCACCCACCGCGCUGCCAACGUGCUCGGAACCCUGCGGAUGCUGGAGUUCGCCAACAGACGGCGGCCUAAGAUGUUGCAUUACUCGUCCAGUAUCGCUGCGUAUGGGCCCUCGGGGUUCGUCCUUGGGGCGAAGUUUAUCGGUGAGAACGAACGGCCCCGCGACUACAUGCGCUCGCUCCAGUACGAUACCGGCUACUCGCAGAGCCAGAUGGUCGCCGAGUGUGUUGUUUGGAAUGCUAUUGAUAAGGGCCUACCGGUCGCCAUUUUCCGCCCCGGCUUCGUGCUGGGCCACUCGAGCAGUGGGAUUAGCAACCCUGACGACUUUAUCGGCCGUCUUUUCUCCAGCUGUCUGAAUAUGGGCUGCUACCCCUUGCUUCCUGCUCAGCGCAAGGAGUUUAUUCCGGUUGACUUCGUGGUGGGUGCCCUGCUGCAUAUUGCGGCAAAUCCCGCCCGGCUGGGGCGCGCGUACAAUCUCAUUCAGCCACGCCACCAGGCCGCCCUUGACAUGAAUACCACUUUCUGUCUGCUCAGAGAUCUCUCCCCUGUUGCGUUGCACCCGCUUCCUUAUGCGGAGUGGGUACAAUGCUUCUCCCUCGAGACCCAGGAUCCGCUGCACCCGCUGAUGCCCAUGCUGCAGGAGAAGGUCCUGGGCGACCUGACUCGCUGGGAGAUCCAAGAAAACAUGGCGGUCUACGGCACAUAUAAUCUCCGUACGGCACUGCAAGAGGAUUGCCCUCAGAUCUUGGAAUGCGAGCCCCUGUCUGCGCUCUUUAAGCGAUACAUCCACCAGUGGUUGCCUCGCCACCUGCGUACCGAGUAAGGCGAAAAGUACUGCCGAUGGCGGAUUCAUUGUUGAUGCUCUCAUUUCCGUACUUGUGUCAUUUUCUUAGUUGUUCGUUUCCGUCUUUUGGCUUGGUUCACAAAAUGACUGUGCGCCAAAGCGUACAAGUCAGAAUCAUUGGGUUGAGAAAAGAAAAUUUCAUUGAGUCUUGAGGCAAAAUUAGACCAAAC